AGUACCUACCUAUAUAGCACGGUGAAAGACAUUAUGCUGCCGUUCAGCAAAACACUUUUAUUUCUUUACAUUUGGAUAACCAUCAAACCAUUGACGAUGACAGCUAAUAUAACGAAGUUCUUACUAAUAUGGACGAAUACUAAAGAAUAUACACACAAUAGAGUAAUUAAUACAAGACGUGUAGACGGACAACCCAUGUUAACUGAAUUUAACAUGUUUAUUGAAAGUAAUUGUACGUUUCAAAAUUGCUACCUCACAGAUGAUAAAGAUUUCUUUGGCAAAGGAAAUGUAAGUAGAUUCGACGCUAUACUAUUCAACGGACAUAACAUUGAUAUGUUCAAAGAUGAUCUCCCUGAAAUAGAUCCAAAUCAGUCAUUGACCAAUCAGCCAAAAUACAUUUUCGUAUUCGCCGAACCUUUUUGUAACCUCACAGUAAAGGAUUGCAAGGAGAUAAAACCAGUUUGCAGUGAUGUAUUUGAUGGCUUCUUUCAUUUGACAGCAACUUUUAAGGAUACUUCAGAUAUAGAGAUCUCUUCGGAAGCGAACAGUCUUCGGCAAAAAAUGUUUACGGCUUGCAAACAUCGUAUUGGACGCGAACAGUUACCGGAUUUAAGUAAAAAGAAUAAAGCUGUUGUUUGGUUUGUAUCAAACUGCACCGACAGGGAGAAACAAUUUGAAUACGUCACAGAAUUGAAAAAAUCUCUUGCAACGUACGGUCAAACUUUAGAUAUUUAUGGUUGCGGAGAGAACUCCAAUUCGCCAAAAGAAAAAAGGAAGGAAAAUGAUUUGUUGAGAGAUGAAUACUUUUUCUAUUUAGAUUUUGAACCGUUUGAUAAUGUACUUAAUCAAUGCCCACUAGCACAGAACAGCGUUCCGAUUGUGGACGGUCUUGAAAAUUAUUUCAGAAUUUUGCCGCUGGGAACCUACCUCAACGCUCGAAAAUAUAAGCCCGAAAGUCUUGCCGCCUUAAUAGCAUACCAUGUUAACAACCCCGAUCAAUAUAGAGAUUUCUAUAACAACAGAGAUUACGAAGCCCUGUACAUCCCACCAAACGCGCGUGCGUACCAUUGUCAGCUUUGUGCAGCCAUGAAUAACAAGGAGCUUAUGGCAAGGGAAGACAGGCAUAAAUCAUUUCGGUUGUGGUGGAAUUCAGAGUAUGACGAAUUGUGUGAGGCUCGCCACUCACCUCCAAGAGAACCAUCUAACGAAACUUUAUCCAAUACUACCAUGUCUACUUUUGAUACCGAAACCUUACCCUUACCCUUACCCACUGAAAUAUAA